AUGAUGAGACGUUUCCCCAGGGACGUGGUCCCAGAAGCCAGGGAAGGAAAUAAAACCCCCCAUGUUCCCUUCAGCACGUCCAGCACCUGCAGAGAGCAGAUGGAAUCGCUCUUCUUACACAAGAUCACCUAUUCCGAGAACGACCCUGGCGAGAACCAGACUAUCUUUGAUGGGUUCAUCCUGGUCAGCUUUUCCUACCUUAACAAGCUGCAAAUCCUUCUGUUUCUGCUGCUGCUGGUCACCUACCUGGUCACCCUGAUGGGGAACCUGUUUGUGAUCCUCCUGAUAAAGCUGAGCCCUUCCCUCCACACCCCCAUGUAUUUCUUCCUGGUCAACCUGUCCUUCCUGGAAAUCUGCUGCACCUCCAGCGUGGUCCCUCAGCUGCUGGUUCACCUGCUGGUGGAGGAAAAGACCAUCUCCUUUGUGGGCUGUGCAGCCCAGAUGUACGUCUUCAACAUCAUGGGCCUCUCAGAAUGCUGCCUCCUGGCAGCCAUGGCCUACGACCGCUAUGUGGCCAUCUGCCACCCCUUGCACUACACGACCAUCAUGAGCGGCCGUGUGUGUGCACAGCUUGCAGUGGCUUCAUGGAGCAUCGGUGUCUCCAUGGAGGUAGCUCAGACCACAUGGAUCUUCAACCUGCCCUUCUGCAGUUCCCACCGCAUCCAUCACUAUUUCUGCGACAUCCCCCCGGUGCUGAAGAAUGCCUGCGCUGACACAUGGAAUUUUAAGUUUUUCGGUUACAUUGUGACAACAGCUUUUAUCAUUGUCCCUUUCUUGUUGAUAAUCCUGUCCUACAUCAUCAUCAUUUCCACCAUUCUCAGGCUGCCGUCAGCGGAGGGGAGGCGUAAAGCCUUCUCCACCUGCUCCUCCCACCUCACGGUGGUGACUUUAUUCUAUGGAACGGCCCUUAUCGCCUACCUGGUGCCCAAGUCUGAAUCCACCCUGGAGAUUGAUCAAAUGAUUUCCCUCAUGUACACAGCUGUGACACCAAUGUUGAACCCCAUAAUAUACACACUGAGGAACAAAGAGGUGAAGGGAGCCCUGAGAAAAAAGAUAGACACGAGCGUUUUUGCACACAACUAA